UCUGGAAGCACUCACCACUCACUUUCAUUCACUUUGACAGUUCUAAAAAUUUGCGAAAAUAUUUAUUUUAUGUUAAAUUUUUGCCUAAAACAUAUUUUAACGAUUCGAUGUAUUUCUACUAAUUUUUAUAAUCAUAAUUUUAACUUAUUCAUGUUACCACAUUUUUUUUUGUAUUCAAGCCAACUCUAAGAUUUUCUCAAAGAAUUUUGUGUAUUGUACCAAUUCCUCGUACAGCUUGCGUCUUUAUGCACGCUCGCCAUUGUGCAUACCAAAUUGCAUCUAAACAAAUAUUUGAUUUUACGCACUACAACUAUUGCUUCCAUUCCAAAAUGACCAAUUUGGUACAACCAAAACGCUUAGCCGCAUUUGAUUUUGAUAACACGGUAGUUUUUGGUAACACAGAUACAGUAGUUCGUGAAUUAGUGACACCCGAAGUCCCACCCAAUGUUCAGGAACUGGUAAAAACCGAAGGUUGGACUAGGUAUAUGGAAGAGAUUUUUCGACUUCUGCAUGAAAAAAAAAUUACACGAGAAAAAAUACUUGAAAGAAUUAGAUGUAUUCGAGAGGUUCCAGGAUUUGUUAGACUUCUCAAGAGCCUUCAUCAGGCUAAUUUUGACUUGAUUAUAAUAAGCGACUCAAAUAGUGAGUUUAUAAGAGAAUGGACACAAGCUCAUAACAUAAGUAACAUAUUUACACAGAUUUUCACCAAUCCAGCACAAUUUUUGGACAAUGGUUUAUUGACCAUUAAACCAUAUCAUCACCAAACUGAAUGCAAACUCAGUGCUGAGAACCUGUGCAAAGGGAAGAUUCUUGAGAAUUUUAUUGCAACAAGAGAAGUCGAUGAUUUUAUUAAAUAUGAAAAUGUUGUGUAUGUAGGCGACGGCACAAAUGAUAUCUGUCCCGUAAUGAGACUGAGUGAAAACGAUGUUGGUUGUGCCAGAAAAGGCUAUGGAAUGAAACGCAUUUUGGAAAAAAAUAAAACCAAGCUGACUGCGAAAUCCAAAUUAAUAUAUUGGAACAACGGAUUUGAUUUGCAUGAACAGCUGCAGGAGCAUUUUAAAUAUGGUGAUUUACCUGAUCAAAGGUUUGAAUCACCAACGUGUCCAGUUUAAGUAGAAAAGUUGUAAUUAUUUAUUUAUUGUUAUAUAUAUAUAAAAAAUAUAAAUUUUAUGUGUCAAACUA